GGACCGAGCCGAUUUUUCCCAGACAACAAGCAACCGCCAAUUGGAUUGGGUUAUUGGGAUUACGGUUUCCGAUUGUAACCGGAACGGUUAAAACCGUCCAGUUUCCGGUUUGACCGGAAAACCGGAUCCGGAUUCCCAACCCUAAAACCAAAUAGUCCGGGAGCAAAUACCCUAUCAAGCUCCAUGACAACCUUGGCAAUAGUUAUUUUCGGACAAGGAAAUAGAUAGAUAAGCAAAUCAGAAAUCACCGACCCCGUCUUCAUUCUCUUCUUUACUUCGUUUUAGCCCUAAAACCGAAACUCGCGAGAGCGGAAGGAAGGAAAGAGAAAGGAACUCUGUCUAAGCCAAAUUGCGUAGUUGGAGACUGCGAGUUCUUCCCCGCGCCACCUAACUUGCGAAAUUGCGCUCUCCAGACCUGUUUCUGUAAAUCUCUCCCUUCCUUUCUGUCAUUCAUGCAGAGAUCUCUCUAUCGCGCGCUCCCCUUAUCCAUGUCUGAUUGAUUGCAGGGGGGUUUCAUUUUCGCCUCAAUUCACCAUUUCCCAGCACCAGCUGAAGGAAUCCAGAAACCCUAGGAAAUGUCGGGCGGGUUUUUCCGGGGUACGUCCGCCGAGCAAGACACUCGGUUUUCUAACAAGCAAGCGAAGCUGAUGAAGUCGCAGAAGUUUGCUCCUGAAUUGGAACACCUGGUGGAUAUGACUAAAGUGAAAAUGGAUGUUAUGAAACCAUGGAUUGCUAAUAGGGUGACUGAGCUUCUUGGUUUUGAGGACGAAGUUCUUAUCAACUUCAUUUACGGCCUUCUCGACACUAAGGCAGUUAAUGGGAAAGCGGUCCAGAUACAACUUACUGGCUUCAUGGAAAAGAACACUGGAAAGUUUAUGAAGGAGCUCUGGUCCCUUCUUAUCAGUGCCCAGAAGAAUGCCAGUGGCGUGCCUCAACAGCUUUUGGAUGCCAAAGAAGAAGAAACUAGGCAGAAGCAGGCAGAAAGAGAUCGGAUAACUGCUGAGAUUCAGAAAAAGAAAGAGAAGGAGAAUAUAGAUUCUGAGUUGAUGCGCCAGAGGAAGAUGGACGGUGGUGCUGAGACAAAGGCCAAUAAUACCUCUGCGGAUCCAAGAUCAAAACAGAUACAAUUAAAGGGUUCAAGUGGUGCUUCUGAUAAUGAGAAAGAAGCUGAAAUAAGAAACGGGUCGAGGGGACGGAGCAGGGUCUCUAUGUCUCCCCAUCGAGGUGAUCUUUCACCUUCCUCUCCUAGUGGAAGGAUAAAGCCCAGAAGCUUUUCAAGAUCACCUUAUGCACGACAUCGCUCGGUUUCUUCUGAACGGCGUAGAAAACGGUCAAUUACUCCUGGUCGGGGGCAUUCACCACGUGCGUCUAAUUCACCUCUGAGGAGGCGGUCAUCCUUUGUUAGACAAAGAUCCAGAUCACCUUCAAUUAGCAGGUCCCCGUCCCCAGUAAGGCGUAGGUUGCGAUCUCCUUACCGCCGCAGAUCACCUUCACCCAUUCGACGCCGUAGAUCACCUUCACCGGUUCGGAGGCCCAGGUCACCAUCCCCACCUCGCAGGAGGCGUAGAUCACGCUCACCCAUGCGACGCCGGAGAUCUCCCUCACCUAUUCGACAACAUAGGUUACCUGCUAGAAGCCGCAGGACCCCUUCUCCCACUAGAAGGCGCAGAUCCCCAUCGCCACAGAGCCGUCAAUCACCAUCACCUUUGCAUAAUCAAUCUCCUUCACCACUAAAGCGGAGAUCACCUUCCCCACCAUGCCGUAGAUAUGAAAGGUCUCCACCUAGUUCUAAACGUGGGUCUCGAUCUCCGGCAAGACGUAGGUCUCGAUCUCCAGCAAGACGUAGGUGUACUGCCCCUGCCCGGCAAAGAUCACCAGCGCGUACACAUCGAAGGUCACCCUCACCGUUUGUUUCAAGAUCUCCAUCUCCUAUUCGGCAAAGAUCCCCUUCCCCUACAGUUAGAAGAUCUACAGGUCAAUCAUCACAAGGAAAACUUAGGAGUCUUGAAAUAUCCUCUCCUGUACGGGCUCAAUCUGGGCAGUUGAGGUCACCUCUGGGAGAUGCUAAGGAACAGAAGGAUUGGAGAAAGAGAUCACCUGCACCGUUGUCUUCACCUGAGGGGUCUCCUGUCCAAUCGGAAUCUCCACCACCCAUAAAAAAAACUAGUAACAAUGAUGACAAAAGUAUUCCAAGGCAAAUGAGGGCGCUGCAUCCAGAGCACAACCUUAGUCCUCCGCCACAACCAAAAGAUAAAAGAUCUCGAUAUGAAAGCUCCGACGAUAGCAAAGAGGGUGAAGGAAAUAACCGUUCUCGAAGGUUGAAGGAUUCUCUCGUGGAAGUUCACUAUAAGGGCAAACAGUCUCCUGAAAUCAAUUCAGGCCAUCAAACAAAGUCUAGAAGCCACUAUAAGACAGAACCAGGGAAGAAAGAUCAGGAAACAAGGAGUGAGAAAUCUUAUGGAAGGAAGGGGCAUGCUGAAGCUUGGGAGGGUCAGAAGUCUCCCGUGGAGAGCCUAGCAGAUGUUCAGACGUCUGUUGGCAGCCUUUCUCAUGGGCACUUUAUGAAUGAUGAUAGACACGGCAAACCUGAUACUAUAACUUCAAUUGAAAACGUUGAGAAUAGUAAUGGUGGUAGUAGACUUGAUUCUGAUUCAGACAGAAGUGGUAAGCACGAGGGCAAGGAAAAAAGAAAGCAUAAAAGAUCACAUAGGCAUGGAAAAUCAUCAUCUGAUGAUGAAAGUGAUUCUGAAGUUGAAGAAAGGAAAGAGGUUAAGAAGAGGAGGAAAGAAGAGAAGAAAUCACGCAAGGAGGAAAAACGCCGUAGACGUGAGGAGCGGCGCCGUAAAAGAGGAGAGAGACGGGCUGAGAAGCUGAAACUGAAGAAGCGAGAUGACGAUUCUUCUGAUGAUGACCACGCAGCCAGGGGAAAAAAGUAUUCUUCGAGUGAUGAUGAAGAGGAGCAUUCCGAACAGAAAAAGCUAGAGAUUGAAUUAAGGAAGAAGGCUCUUGAAUCGCUGAAAGCCAAGAAGAGCAUUGACCACUAAGUCAUGUCAUUGCGUUUUUGCGAUCUUGGAUAAUCUCAAAUGAUCUUUUGUUUCUAAGCUGUUUUACUUUUUUCUAGCACCUUUUGUUAUGAAUGGAUGUGUUAUUUCUGAUAACCUUUUAAUGUUAGUCUGUGUUUACUGCUGGCAGCUGAAAUGGAUAAAUGAUGGAUUUCCUGAGCUAUUCUCUUGACUGCCCCCUAUAUCCAGAUCUUCCUGCUAGAUUUACUGGUAAUGAUUGUUUCCCCAUUGUUGAGAAUUGUGAUAUUGUGUUAUUAAUGGUUGUCAGCUUUAGUUAAGCAUGCUGAUGUCUGCUGUUACUUGUGAAUUGCACUUUAUGGAAUUAUUUUGUUCUUAUAAGUACUUGUCAAGUUUGAUGUGCCCUUGUCUCGCUUUUCAUGGUUAUCUGCUGAUAUGAAAAGAGUAUUGAUCUCGGAAUGAAAAUGAUGCCUUACAGGUCUGCUCAUUAUUUCAAUUCACUGAUUGCCGUUGAUACUAAGUAAGCCUUUUGGUCAAUUGGUAGAUGAAAUAAUUGACAACUUGAUUCGUGCUCGAGUGGAUUAUGUGCAGGGCUACACUGUGAACAUAUGAACAUCGAAUCAAGUGAAGUACCUCCUCGAGUUCAACUGUGUUUGUUAUAUAAAGUAUAAACUAUCGGGGAUCUCAACCAGACAAUAAAUUGGUAGUCAUUCUAUUUCUUUUGGCAGGCUUCUCUAAUUAGGUUAUACCCUAUAUAUUUGCAGAUUGAGAAUUGUAUUGGGGUCAUUUUGUUGUUAAUGAAUAUAUAUGGUGAUCUAGGUUCAAGGACUCGACUCCCCGCACCCUUAACAUUGGCAUGUGUGAUGUGUGUAGAAAAGUUUGAAUUGGCAAUUUUCCAUGGAUGUUUAUGAUGAGAUUGGUGAUAAUAAGAAUAUAAGAUAGUGCGGUUCCAUUAUCUGGACCACCUACUGAUGUUUCCUUCGUGUUCAUGUUGCAAAUUAUUUGAGGUUCUAGUUCAUAAGCGGACACAUGCAGAACUGCCUGAUCAUUGAGGGCACUCGUUCGCUCUGGGUUCGAUAGGAGUUUUCACUUAGAUUGCCUUUUUCUGAGUAGCGCGUACUAGGAAACAACCUAUUGAUGUUUCUUUCAUGCUCAUGUUGCAAGGUAUUUGAAGUUCAAAUUCAUAAGUGAGCACAUUCAGAACUGCCUGAUCAUUGAGAGCACUCGUUCACACUGGGUUAAAAUGAUAUGGUUGAAGCGAGUUUUCGCUUUGAUUGUGUUUUGCUGAGUAGCUCAUACUAGGUUGUACGCUUUUUUGUUGAAGUUGGUUGGUAUAGGAAACAGCAUGGUCACGGGUAGAAGUGCAGAUAAUAUGAUUCAGUGAGGUUAAUGGAUGGGUGGAGGUCUUGUAGUUCCAAAUAGUAGUGUCCUUGUUCAACCGUUUUUUCUUUAAACAAUGGCAAGUUGUAAUUGUUACCAAAAGCAAUCAAUAUGCACUCAGUCCGUUGCAUAGUCGAAGUGUAUGCUCCUCUUCUUAUACGGUGAUGAUGUAGAGGUUGCUCAUGAUAUAUCAUGUUCAGCAAGAACAGAACACUCUUCAGUAAUGGAUGCGGCCGGCUUUUCAUCUCAUUAUAGCAUUUGCGUAAUGGCCUUUGCCUCCGCAUCCACAGAAUCGCACGCCCGCACGAGUCAGGACAGACUUAGAGAGGCCACGAGAUGUUCACUCGGAAUUAGAGGUGGAAAUUGGAUCGGGUUCGUGGAUUGUAUUGGUGGAUCUAUGGAUUAAAUAGAUUGGAUACAAUAGAUUGCUGGAUUCAUGGAUUGUAUCAAAUGGAUUAGUGGAUUGAUUCAUGAAUCCAAAUGACAUCUAAGGCUUGGACCAAAAUGUAAAAUUUGAAAAGUUUUGGUACUAAAAUGUCAUAAUGAAAAAUUUUAGCUACCAAAAUGUAAUUUUUCAAUGUAAUUUUUCGUAUAAAAAUAUAAAUUUUAG